CGAGAGUAUACUAGCGGUGUAGAGUUGUUGUCGGAGAGGGAGGAGGAAGCUUCAGCGUUGAUAGGACGAAAAGAGAGUGUAAAAAUAGCAUAUAAGCAGGAGGAAAUAAGAAAUAUAUUAUGGCGUCGGGGGACACCCUGUAUAUAGAAGCGGACGGGUCAGAAAUGCCAGCCGAAAUAGUGGAACUGCAUGAAAUCGAAGUAGAGACAAUCGAGACAACAAUUGUUGGAGACGACGGUGAACAUCAGCCUAUGAUCGCCUUACAGCCUCUUGACACGGGUGAUCCUAACUCGAUUCACUCGCACCAAGAGGUGAUUUUGGUGCAAACACGAGAAGAGGUGGUGGGUGAGGAUGACUCUGAACUGCACACGGAUGACGGCUUUGAGGACCAAAUCCUCAUCCCAGUGCCCGCCGUAGAGGAGGACUAUAUCGAGCAGACUCUGGUUACUGUCGCCGGGAGAAGCUCGUCGACAGGCCGGAUGAAAAGGGCUGGAAGCGGAAAAAAAGCAGGCAAAAGGAGCUACUUGGGCGGUGGAGAAAUGGGCAGAAAAUGGGAACAGAAACAGGUCCAGAUAAAAACGUUGGAGGGGGAGUUUUCAGUGACUAUGUGGGCAUCGGAUGAUAAGAAGGACCAUGAGGAGCAAAUCACGGGUGAAAACUCGCCUCCGGAUUAUUCUGAAUACAUGACGGGGAAGAAGCUUCCUCCUGGAGGCAUCCCAGGCAUUGACCUCUCAGACCCCAAACAGCUGGCAGAGUUUGCACGAAUGAAGCCAAGAAAAGUAAAAGAAGAUGAUGCACCCAGGACGAUAGCCUGUCCACACAAAGGAUGUACCAAGAUGUUCAGGGACAACUCAGCAAUGAGAAAACACUUGCAUACCCACGGGCCUCGUGUGCAUGUCUGUGCAGAAUGUGGCAAAGCCUUUGUUGAAAGUUCAAAACUGAAGAGGCAUCAACUCGUACACACAGGAGAGAAACCUUUCCAAUGCACAUUUGAGGGCUGUGGCAAGCGGUUCUCUCUGGACUUUAACUUGCGCACACAUGUGCGUAUUCACACUGGAGACCGCCCGUACGUGUGUCCCUUUGAUGGCUGCAACAAAAAAUUUGCCCAGUCAACCAACCUGAAGUCUCACAUCCUCACACACGCCAAAGCCAAAAACAACCAGUGAAACGACAACGCGAUCAUACACUGGAAGACUUGGUCUGUAGCGCCGCUCCUUGACAAACUUAUGUUCCGUGGCCUGCUUUGUGAGACAAGAAGGCCAAUUUGUAUCAUCUCUAGAUGAAAGGUUUUUGAGAAAUGAUCUUUUCUCAAACUUUUUGAUAAACUUAUGGAGGAUUGAACAAGGAACUCGUGAGAACCCCGACCCCCUCAGGCCUCCUACCCUACUUUGGCGCUACCUGGACGGAACAAUUUACGCUUUCUUCUUGUGAAGAUGUUAAUUCAUGGAUCUGUACCUAAAAAUGUAUUUAUACCUUAACACAGCCAGUUAAAAGUUUUUUCAAUAUGUCAAAUUUGCAUCAAUCCUCAGCAAUGACACCUUUUCAAUUUUGUACUUUCCCCAAGUGUGCAUAUUGUACACUGUUUGACAUAAGCUCUGUGGUAAUGUAAGUAGUAAGAUUGUCCCCGUAGCCGUUCUUGGUUUCAGUUUGUUUUACCUCUCCCUUUCCCCUUUAUGUGAGUGUUUUUCAAGGGGGGAGGGGGGGGUGGUCUUUCCAUAUUUUUAUUUUGUACAACACAAUAUCAGAAUCAUGUAGAUAAUAGCCAUGUGAUUUAAUAGUGAUCACCAAUUAAAAUGUUUUCCCCCCUUGCACUACCAA